AGGGAAAUUAUACAGUUGUUCAGUCGUAUCCGAUGCUACUUAAUUAGCAAAGGUAGUGGAAUGUUUGCCAUUUCCUUCUCCAAAGUGUUCCCAUUUUACAGAUGAGGAACUGCGGCAAAUAGAUGUCAAGUGCCUUGCCCGGGGAGUACGCUGAAAAAUGUCUGGGGUUUGAAGUCAGAUCUUCCGGACUCCAAGCCCGAUAUUCUACCUACUGCACCUAAGUUACUAUUAUUACGUGAAGUCUGUAUCCCGGCAGUGCUUAACGCUGCUCCUAACCCCGCGCUCUGCCCAUAAUCAAUGUUUAAACAUAAAUGUCUAUUGCAGUGAAUUGAAUUAUCUCUUUUGUCCUGGCCUUUGCUUUCCUUGCGGCGAAAGGCGUAGGAUAUCCUGGCUUCUCCCUCACAGAGCUUAAAGCACGAGAGAGCGGAGAGAAGACAUGAAUCUCUAGAUUCCCAAUGACCGAAGCGGCAGCCCUGCUUGCACAACCAAGGAUUUGCCAAGUUCAGAAAAUGAUGAAUUGCCUAUCAGAGGAUGUAUAGACAGCCACAGAAAGAAACAGAAAUGAAUUCUACUUGGUUCAAGUAUUUCAAGGCUACCAAGAAGCCAAACUUUAAAAUGCCCACUUGCCGCCACCGUAUUUUCAUUUCACCGCCCUCACCAGAAAUACCAUGCUCCCCCAUUACCAGUGAAUCCAAGGUUCUAGUUGAAACUGCCCCUUACCUUCAAGUGGAUUCUUCAACCAAAUCCUACCCAACAGGAGACAUUAGUCAGGAAGAGAAGCAGAUAGAAGAUGAAGAUGAGGUGCACAAAUGGCUGAUGGAGAGGCUAAAAACAAAUAGAGAGUUGGACACUUUUGUGAACCUUGAGAAAUGGAUCUAUAAUAAACCCAGGACGACAAAGUUAGAGAACCGACUGUUAAGGAGGAUUUACACCGAGCGGGAGGAAGAACUGGCUGCCCAGAGAGCCGCUCAAAUUGCUCCUGUUGAAGACAUGACAGCUUUCGGGCGACCCUGCCAAGGUAUUCCCACAAUCGUCAUACCUGAACCCUCAUGCCUGUCCGUUCUGUUUGAGCAUCUGUUAUCACACAGGAUCAGAAUACUGGAAAUGUUCUGCAAGGGAGUGUGUGACCAACAGAUCUCCAGGGAAGAGUUUGUGAAAGGAAUGAAAAGAAUUGGUGCUCCUCUGACUGAACGAGAGUUUGAGGAUGUGAUGAUCUAUUUAAGUUCCUUGAACAAGAGCAACAAAAUCUACCGGGAAGACCUGAUGACUUCAUACAGACGCUGGCUUUCUACCAAGAAAAGUGAUGUGCACCAGAGAGCUAAUAUAAGCUACUGGAAAAGAUUCAAACGUGCCACAACGAAGAAGGGUUUGCCUUCCCCAUCCUCCUCUCCAAAAUUUUUGGAAGUGCCUCCAGUUAACACUGAUCCAGAUAGAAUGCAGAUGUCCUAUGAGGAUAUGGAGGUAUCUGGGAAACGGUACAGAGAGCUGAGGCGACAAUCUAAGAAAAAAACCAAUCCUUUGUUGUUCUUGGAAAGAUAUCGCCUAGUACGAACUGGCAUCAAGCCUAUGGAUGACCAUUGCCUUCCAUCCACUCUUCUGGAUGAAUUUGGGGAGCUGACUAAUGCCUUCCGACAGGCUACCUUUUUGGUCUACCUGAAGUGUGUGAAGGCCUGUGAAGACUAUCAAAUCCCACUGACUGAAAAGACCCUUAUGAAAGCUCUACUUUACCAUGGAGACAAAAUUGUCCUGGAGAAAGAUCAUGUUCUCAAGCUCAGGCAACCAGGAGGCUAUUAUGAUGAAAUAAAAGAACACACACCAACUAUGGCCAAGUACCAUGUGAUCGAUGAAUCGACAAUUAAGAAGAAACCACCAAAGCCAGUUAAGAAAAUGAAAUUUGGAGAGUUUGAGGCUCUGAGCAGGAAAUUCAUGCGCAUAUUCCAUAAGUCUUAUGGUGGGAUACAGCGUACCCAUCCCAAUUUCUUCUGGCCGGGCCACCUCCUGGAUAAACUGCUGCUAUACCUUCCUGACAAGAAGUGGGAAAAACAAAUGGUUCUUUUCAGCCGGGUGGACAAGAAGUCUCCGGUCUAUCCAGUCAGAAACCAUCCUAGAGAUUGUUGGCCCGUUUCUGAUGCAGGCUAUGUAAUCUCUGGAGAGUUUGAUAAAUAUAAAAAAUACUUUUAAUUGUAUAGAGAUUGGAAGACCCAAUAUAGCAGCAAUAUUGGCUUUAUUGUCCAUUAGGCUAUACAACAUCGCUGCAUGAACCUACAUCUAGUAUCAACCUUCUUUCCAUCUUCCCAAAGCUGGGGCUGAAAUCACAGAGACAAAAGAUAUUAUAAUGAGUAUAUGAGGAGGAAAAUGAUCAAUAAUAAAAAUUAUAAGACAUUGGACCAAAAACUCAUUGUUUAAAAUCAUAUCUUACUAUAUCAGAUUA